AUGCUCAAACGAAAGCCUCAAGACCUCCAGGUCCCAGUACCAAACUUCCCUUUAUCAUCACCUAUCAGCGAAGAGAUCUCAAGUCCCUCAUGCUCCUCGGAUGACCAGGAAGAACGAGACCGACCCUUUGCAUUUCUAUCCAAGGCAACACGACAACAGCUCGAGGCGAAGACCAAAGAUAGGAAUCGCUCGCCUAUUUCCACUCGUGAAUCCUCGAGACUGAAUAUCCGCAUCACCAAGAAACGUAAAAGCGUCGGGAAACCAGUCGGCCUGAACCUAGUUACGGAUUUCACCUUAGCGCCAGCGCCGAGGAAACCGUCGAUUCCAGCAGAACCAAGUGCAGCUGCGCCGUUCGUUGAUCUGAAUGAUCUGAAGCUCCUUUCAAAAGUGCGAGAGAAGGAACGCACUGCUCAGAAAUCAAAGGAUACAUUCAAGAGGAGGGUUUCACGGGGAUUUCAGCGGUUACCCGAGACAAACAGCCAAAAUGGAAGUGGAACCUCGUUUCUAACCGCGAGAGAUGAAAAUCCGUUCCACGAUAGACACGAGAAUACGCUCUCGCCAUCAGACCGCCAUGUCAUGAUCGGACUCACUGUGCCUCGCAGCGAGUCAGUAGAGAGAUCACAAGAGCUCGACAGCGCAGGCACCCCGCUCACACCAUCAAUUAUCGUCACCCCAGCAAGAGGCGAGGCACCAUGGAACGCACACUCAAACUCGAGCACGGAGAUGCUCCGUCCAAGAGCAACGUCAAGUAUCUACUCGCAGCCAACACCCCGUCUCUGGCAAUAUGAAGCAGAUAUCCCACCCGUGCCAGCCAUUCCCGCACAACAUUCAGCUGCUACCAAAACUCCCGCCUCAGAGACCGGAUACCAGAACAUAGGCGUAGAAAGGAACGUUCGCGCCAAUUCAACAGCCUCAAUCUGGGAAGACGACAGUCCACCUCGGUCACCGGAGACAGUCCGCCCAACCCCAAAAAGUCAGGAACAGGGCCGUCUCAGUGUCAACACCCAGGCAGACGCAGACAGACCCCAUUCACAAGGCUGGUGGACAUACCUCCUCUCCCCACUGCUCGGCCGAUCCAUAAAAUCCCCCCUAAGCCCAACCUUCCCACAAGAAUCACCAUCCACCUUAUCAACAACAACAACAACCACAACCCGCCCGCCUGAGCGAAAAGAAUGGAUACCACACGAGAAAGAAAUCUCCUGUUUCUCACCUGAUACACCAGAGACCGCAGCACCAAUCGGCGAAAAGGCAUUCGAGAUAUCCCGCUCAUUUGAAGCAGACCAAUACCAAGGCCCCGAACGCCACCAAUCCCCACCACCGGCAUACGUCUCAAACGUCUCAAGUAGACAAAAUACCAUGUCAUUCAUGUUCAGCAAUAACCAGACAAUCCAGGGUGAAGCAGCUGAGUACUACCAAGCCUGCGCGCACGAGUUAUUCAGUAAGACGCCGUAUUUCGAGUGUGUCAAUCACGUCUGCUCGAUUACGCCUGUCAAUCCCAUUGCUGUGCCAGCAGGAGCUAUAAAUCCGUCUGCAGAGAGUGGUCGGGGACUUGCGCUUGUUGGAGUUGAGGAGCCUGGGGUAUCUGGUCUUGAAGGGAUGCGCGAAAAUGAAAUCCAGAAUCCAGGUCCGUCAACGAGGUCGACUAAGAAUGCUGGACUGCUUAUUGAUAUCGACUCGCCUCGUCCUGAGACAACCAAGUCGUCGGUUCCGGUUGGGUAUGCAGUUCGUGCGAAGGAGAUGCAGGUUCUGUCCCCUUCGUCGGAGUUCAGUUCUCAUACGUGGGAUUCGUCUGUUGUUGAUGAGGAUGAGAAGGAUAAGGGUUCGGUAGCCACGCAUGGGACUAGGGGUGUUUCGGAAUCUCGUUCUCAGCGUGCUGCUUCGCCUCCACCUCUAGCUCCUGUUCCUGUUCCUGUUGUUGCUCCACCUGCAGAGGUGGUUGAUAGACAAGUUUCGGAACCGUCGGCGCAUGCACCAGCUCCUAUUCCAAUGCCUGAGCCAGCUCCCGCUACUGAGCCAGCUCCCGCUCCUGCGCCAGCUCCUAUCCCAAUGCCUGAGCCAACUCACCCUCCCGCUCCGCAGAUAAUCACUAAUAUCUCGCCCCCGGUUACUAAUUUCCAUUACACUACGCCUCCACCGCAGCCUCAAAUGCAACCUCCGCAGCCGACGGUGCAAUAUGUGCCAGUCUUCGCUCCUCAGGCUGCACAGCCAAUGGAGCCGAUAAUUCAACAACCUCAACCGCAGGAAUUGCCACGAGAAAUCUCGGAAGCGCCGAUGGUCCAGCCAGUACCAGCCCCUCAAGUAGCAACACCGAGGUCAGAAUGGCCAUGGGGACAGCCACAAGGGCAACCAAAGGUUCAACAGCCAGCUACCCAAGGACCUUUCUCCGGGUUUGAGUGGGCUUAUACCCAACAAGAAGAACCACAAGGACAACCACAUGGACAACCACGUGGACAACUGCAAGGACUUCCUGUUACACAGACAUCACCUCAACAAUCCCAAAUCACAUAUGGACAGGCUGCUCCCCAGACACGACAGGUGACUUAUGGUCGGGCAGCCCAGCCUCAAGGGCCACUUGUUAUCCAGGGACGGCAAUCUGGUUCUGGGUGGCCAUUUGGUCUAACCGCACAUCCUCACUCAAAUGCACCGCCUGUGCCGCCUCUGCCACAAACCCAGCCCACUGAAUCGGAGGUUCAGCAUCAGCAAGAUCAAUCCCAAGUGUCCGUGACUCAGGAUCGGCAGCCUGGAUCUGAGGAGUCUCAAACAGAACGGGGGCUGCCUCAAAGGUCUGAGGUUGGGCCUCUUCAGGGGAAUUUACAACCCUCUGAGCCUAUCUCUCCCGGUUUCCACCGUGCCGCUGGUGGACCUGGCUCGAUCCCAAUGUCAGAUAUGCAGGCUCCGGCCCCUGCAUACACACAAUGCCCUAGACAAGCUCCUCUCCCACCUCGUUAUGAUACCCAGCCACAUUAUGAUAAUGACCCUGCAGCUGGAGUUUCGAGUGUCAACCCAAGCGGCGCGAUAGGUCCUCAUGAGGCCCGACGCCGAAGACUCGAAAAGGAAGACGCCACUGGCCGAAGAGUCUGCAAUCUCUGGCGUGGCCGAGGUCUAUUCAGCAAGAAGAGCGGACGACCAGGACGCGAGGGUCGUAUUCGACGAAGAUGGUAUUUCGUGAUCUGCAUUUUCUUCUUCAUCAUCGUGACGCUAGCCACCAUUCUAGCAAUCACACUGACAAGGAAAGGACACAAUACCCCGGUUCAAUCGCAGUGGCUGAACCUAACAGGCUAUCCGCCCAUGCCGACUGGCAUCGCGACAAUUGUUGGGACGAAGCCGCAGCUUGAGAAAUCAACCUGUAUCACUCCUUCUUCGAUGUGGAGUUGUGCUUUGCCCAAGGACCAACAGGUUGCCAAUGAGCCGUACAACGCGAACCAGCCCAGUUUCCGUGUAGCCAUCAGCUUCCGAAAUGGUACGUACGGUAACAGCACUACUGCUAGCUCGAAACUACGUAUCAGGAGCGACGACCUUUUCAACCCAUCGCCUGCAGCCCCGACAGACGCAGAACAGAGCUUCCUCGGCCAAUACACAGACAACAACACUGCACCGUAUGCCGGCGAAGAAACACCCUUCUAUAUGUCCCUCCUCUCACCAGUCUCACUCUCCUCGGCAAGCAUUUACCGCCGCUCUGACACCUCCAACGGCACCGCAUACCCCAACAUUUCAUCCAUAAUCCCAGCGCCAGAAGAAAACGCAGAUGGAACCCCAUCCGCAGCAGUGCUCUACCCCCUCCCCUCAUCCCAACCAAUCCGCCUCUACAACCGCGGUCUCUCAACCGAACACUACGGUUUCUACAGCUACUUUGACAAAUCCAUCUUUCUAACCUCCCAAACCAAAUCAUCCACCGCCGACACAAACGGCGGAACCUCAAAAUCCAACGCAAAAUACCGAUGCACAUGGUCCCAAACCCGUCUACUAAUCCAAAUCUGGACGCAACCAGACAAAAUCAACCGUCACCUCCUCCCAAAAUCAAACAACACAGCAACAAGCACCACAACCUCCUCGCCUACAACAACAGCAUCAACAAACGAACCUACAUCGUCAUCCUCCGCAACAGACUUCACGUUCCCAGGCUCAUUCCCAUACCCAGUAACAAUAACGGUUGACCGCCACGGCGGCGCCGAGAAAAAGAAAAUGGUCUACUGCUACCCGCUCGAAGAUGACGGCCGUUACAAUAUCACGGCCGUGCAGCUGCAGCUUGAGGAUCGUGCUGUUGGUGGUGAGCUUAUUAAUCCUGCUGCGGGGCUUUUUAAGGGUCUUGGCGAGACGAAGAAUGCUACGAUUGAAGAUGCCGGGGGGGUUGAUGGUGGUGAUGGUGGGUGUGGGUGUCAGUGGGUGAAUUGGAUAUCGAGUGUGUAG